AUGGUAGCGAUUCUGUCUGCUCAAUCCAUUCCGGCACCUGAACCAGAGCCAGUACGAGAGUGUUAUUUUAAACAAGGUCGGCAAUCAUCAUAUGCAAAUGAACAAAUAAAUCAUAAAGUUCGAGUUGUUGGUCCUGGAAGUUCCUCUGACGAUGAUGCACAUAUAAUUGCAGAACUACGCCAAGCAUCUGAUACAUCUGACGUUAAUGAAGAUAAUGUUGAGAGCUCUGCCGAAAAAGCUGAUGGUUCAAGUGGACGAUUGUUUUUAAAAAAGUUUUUGCUUUUUAGAAACAUUUUUGGAAAUAGUAAUCAGCAGCCUGUUAUACCAAUAAUUAUCACCGGUGCAACAGGCACUACAGGAAACGUUUCACCCACAUCAACAGUCACAUCCACAGGAACGAUUCCUUCAGCAACUGGAACCAUAACUACUACACCAAUAACUACGACUGCAACUCGAAUGAUUCGUUCUGGAUAUAAUGAAGAUGAAGAAAAUGAUGCCCCGGAAGAAAUUAUUAUGAAUGAUGAACAAACUCUUCAAGCAGCUCUUACAGCUGGUGCUCAGGAAUAUGUUGUAACUGAUGAAGAAAUAAAGGGCACAUCAGAUAGUAAAGGAACGAAACAGCCUGCUCGAAUCAAUCUUAGACGUAAAGGUGCGAAAAAGGGACAAGUAAUAAGUGUUCGCAUUCCACCACAGUAUCGACGUUACUUCAAAAAUGGUCAAAGAGUUAUGCUCAACACAAAUAAUCGCCCAGUGAAACGACGCGUGGUAAAGAAGCGUGUAAAUAAUAAAAACCGUAGGAAAAUUAACAAAAGGACCCGCGUCGUUGCAGCUUAA